GGAUGGAAGUGGGGUGGAACAUGGGAAAGGGCCUUGCAAUUGUCCGCCAUCUUUAAUGUCAGAUACGUCCUGGGAACUAGCCUUAAGAAAGAAGCGGGAAAUACAACUUUGAAGUGCUGUUUCAGCAUAAAUAUGGAUGCCCUAAACGUCGAUUUCGUGAGAGAUCUUGUGAUGCAGGGAAAAACACAUUCACAAGUCAGUUUGUUGCUACAAGAAGCAUAUGCUGGAAAGAGAGGCAUAAGUUCGCGGUCCGUUACAAGGUUUUGCCUUAAAUAUGGAAUACACGCGCAAAAUCGGCUGUCAAACGAAGAGCUGGAACACUACACGAAAGACGUUGUUGCUUGGGAGGGUAUUUUUGCUUGAAAUUUUUUUUUCCUGCAACGAAAAAAACGGUUGAAUUAAGAAAUUUUUUACAAAGUAACAUCAUGGAUGUAUAUUAUUCGGAGAAACGUUGUUGGUACCACACGUAAACCGUUCAUCGCCAACCUUCACAAUCUUUUCAAGGCUACUGGUCCAUAAGGACACCUUGUUCAAGGCGCUCAAUAGUUAAAUUGUAUAACCUGUUUAAGACUCAAGACCCAGAUACCACACCCUGUUCAGCGCCACGUACCCGUCUAGGCCAAACAAGGGACUGCACCCCUAAGGGGGGGAGAUGAAAUCCUCACUCUAUUCCAAAUCAAUAUUGAUCACCAUUGGCAGACUGAUAUAUGUCUAAUACACUUAAAUUUCACCAUCAUAGGAGGAGUAAAACCUUACCUUUUCUAUAGGCAAAGUCUGGAAGUCUCAGCCAAAAUGCAAUAACUAUGAUGUUGCAAAUUGAUGACGCCAAAAGUAUACGCUCUCCGUGAACUCCCUCUUAGCCUAUGUAUGGAGGUCCCCCCUCCAUCAGAAAAAAAUUCAAUUUUUUUCUGAGGGAGCGGGGACGUCUGUACACAGCCUACUCCCUCUUAACUAAUCAACUUUCUGUGGGAGGACACUUUUUAAAUUGGCAACUUGGAGAUGUCUCCUAAAGGUGUCCAUCUCAAAGACAGUUGAAAUAUAUCAUAUUAAGUUCUUGAUGUGUUUUACUCAAGGUUGGACCCACAUGGGGUAGAAAAAUGGUGAAAGGAUAUAAGGCCAGUUGUGGUAUAACAGCUGGUGACAAGUGCAUUGGAAAAGCUUUGUCAAUCGUAUCUCCUCUGUAACAAGUCCAGAGAAAUACCAACACUGCCAGGCAAACCAAUUCCUAUCCUUACCAUGCUGACUAUUUUGGUCACAAAUUGUACAUGGACCAAAAUGAAAAACUGGCAAUGUAUGGAUUGACUGAAGUCAGUGCAUGUGAUGGCUAUAGUGGAAAGAUUGUGGCUUUUGCAACAAUGCCAGUGAAGAACAAUGUUUACAGGUACAGUAUUCAACAAUUCUUUAAUUAUUGCCAUUAUUACUAUAGGUGAUAAUAAUAUUAUAAUUAUUGCAGCAGUGUUGCCACCUUAACAACAAGCACUUCCAGAUAAGAAGUACCAGCAAGAGUAUAAAUAGUAAAAAAAGAGAAGAAGCCAAGUGACAGUGAUGAAUACAUCACGAAAACAAGCAUAGAUCAUAUUAAAAUUUGAUUUACGUUUAUUUACUCACCUUUGUAUGUGUUAUUGAUGUUUAAAUAUUACAUCUUAUAAUUGCUUCUCUCUUUGAAGAACUGCGGUCAUUCAGCAUGGCAUUUGGGAUCAACGCAGGGUAGACCAUGGAACAGAGUUCUAUCUCUCUUUGUAUGUACAAGAAAAAAAGUCUCCAUAUAGGACCAAUACAAGAAGGGCACCGUUUAUACAAACAACUUCGAAGCAGGUGUUUGUUUAGUGAAUAUGUCACCAUUAUUAUUAUUAUUAUUAUUAUUAUUAUAACCAUUUAUCAUUAAAUUUAUUAUUAUCAUUUACUAUUAUUUUUCUCAUUUCAAGAAUCAUCCUGCUGAGAGAAAAUGGGUAGAGUUUAACUCCCAUGUCAACUACCCUAUUAAACAAAGUUUACCUCCAGGGUAGCAGACUUUGGAAUCAAACAAGUUAUUUCCAGCUGGAACAACCAUGCUAUCCAUGGUAAGAGUUUAUUGAGGUGGUGGUGGUUCAGUAAACCCAGCCUAUGGAAAAUCGAUAUUAAUCCCAAGUUUUUAACUGUACCAGGAGUUUGAAUAACUGCCAAGUUAAAUAUGACAGGUAACGAGAAUUAAGAAGGGGUCUCUUAAAAAACACCACAUUCUCAGGUAAAUUAAAUCACUCGAUAGUCAUCUGUUGGGAUAAUUAACUUUCUGAGUGUGGAACUGCUACACCAAUAACAAAAAUUGUAAAAAAACUGAAUAUCUUAACCCUUUAAACCCCAGUAUCCACAUACAAAUUCUCCAAACUGAUCUCCAUACAUUACCUUUAAGAAUAAGUUGAGAGAAUUUAAUAAAACAUUAAUGCAUUUUUUCUUUCGUGAUCAUUUUUUAUAUUCUUACAACCUUAUCUUGAGAAUGUAUGGACAUUGUUAGGAGAAAAUUGCUGUUGGUCACUAUUGGGACUUAAAGGGUUAAUGAUUAUUGUUUUUAGUGUCAAGAGACAUCUUUCUUCUUGAACAUCAGUCUUUCUAUUGUAACAGGGAAGGGAGUUCCAGAUAAAAGAAUAGAGGAAACUAAGAAGACAUUUAUCCUUCCAUCUAUAGACAUGCUUCCCACUGGUGAAGAAGCUGUAUCUGCCUAUGAAAGGGAUGGGGACAAUCUUGGAUCUCCAGAAGUGUUUGGAACUGAUAUCCUAGCUGGGAACGAACAGCUCCAGCAAUUGCGUUUUGAUAACUUUAAUGCUGCUUACAAUCAGUGGUCGGUUCCGGCAAUUCUACUUUUUGCAAAAAACGCAGAUUAA